AUCAUUUACCUGCUCCAGGAUUUUACUGGAAACACGGACCGCAACACCGUGGUUUUGAACGUUUUGCACCCUUCCAUAGAUGCACGCUACAUUCGGGUGAAUCCUAAGACGUGGAAUAGCCAUAUAUCUAUGAGGAUGGAACUUUUAGGAUGUCCGUCAGGUACUAAUAUUUCCGUUUUUAUUUUCUUUUCAAAAAAACUAACUGGUUUCCACUUAAUCUACAAAAGCGCAAAACUAUCUCCUCGCACACUCAUUCAACUACAGUUCGGUCUUAAUGGUCUUGGACAAUUCAAAGAGCCGAAUAUGCAAUCAAUUUGA